AUGUUCUACAGCCACGAAAUCCUCACCUCUCCCGAGCAUGGGGUGGCAACUGUCUGGCUCGUCGCCACCUUGGGCUCCAAGUCCAUUGCGAGAAGGCUGAACCGGAAGAAGAUCUUGGACGUCAAUGUCCCAAAGGCAUGCAAUGUCAUUAUGGACCCUGCGGCACCCAUGGCGCUGAGAUUGCAAGGGAAUCUCCUAUACGGCGUCUCCAGAGUAUAUAACCAGCAAUGUGGAUAUACCCUGACCGACGCCCAGGCCAUCCAUGAAAAGAUGAAGACCCUCUUCAAGACCCUGCCGAAUGGGGGGCUGGAUCUAACAGCCGGCAAGCCUAGACCUGAGCAGCUCAUCCUCCCUUACGACCCGUCGUUCUUGCCAGACGUCAGCCUUCCCGGCCUGAACCUCGAUUUCUCCAGUGCCUGCAAGAUCACAUCUGAGAGCCAGCAGUCGAGUGUUUUAUACACAAACUCCUCCCUUGCAAGUCAGGAAACACCUACAAGGGAAAUGCAGCUGCAGCUAGAGAUCACUUCGGAUGAUCUCCUUGGGAACGUAGCUGGUCUGGCACCUGGAAGUGAGAUCAGUCACUCUGCUCACAGGCUGGGUUCCCGUGGCCAAGAGCUCACACUGCCGUUUGGCAUGGAAGAGGGUGUGCUUUUUCACCCUGACUUCGAGUUUGAUGAAAAUGGUGACAUUGUUGAAUUGGGCUCUAAGAAUCAUAUUGACGCUGCCGACGAAGACCCAAGUGAAGUCAAAGUGAGACAAAUGCAAGAGGGACGGCCCACCCCAUUUGAACCAGAGCCAAUGAUGAUUGACGAUCUGGAUCAUCCACAGCCUGCCAGCCCCCUCCAAGCAGGAGACGCAGAUUCUAUGGAGAUCGUGCAAGAUCCCAUUGAACGUCAAGCCAAUAUGCCUCGGAAUAAACGGGCAAUCAAAGCGCUGGAACCGGACGAGCAGAUUGCACUCCGUAAUACGGAUCUGGCGCGGUGGAACAACGAGUAUAUCAACAACAUGGCUACGGCCUGCAAACAGAAGCAGCAGAACAAACUUCCCACUCAGGCCAAAAGAAAUGCCGAGUUUUGGGUGUUCGGUCAGGGAAUAGGCUCAGUGGGAGCGGCACUGGGAUCAUCCAACGUGACUCAUCCUUUGAAGCCUUACUACUCUGGAGAAGAAUUGAUCAGGGCUCUCCAGCCUAACCGGGUCGAUCGAAAACGUGGCCACGCGUCGACGGAAGACAGUGACUCUGGCUCGACAAGCCGUCGUGUUCGUGCCAGGGGUGAACAUCAACAGAUGAGCGGUAACGGAAGUGCCAUCCAGGACGAUGCAAUGAAUCUCCUCCCCGAUGUCGAACUUGGCCGCCAUGCUCCUCCCGCCCUCCACGAUGAUUCUUCCAUGAUGCCGUGGAACGUCACAGGUUCUGUGAACAGUUCUCGAUUUGGAUCAGCCCAUAUCUUGCAUGGACUGACUAGUGUUGGUGCCUGCGAAUCCGCCGCUGGUCCCAGUGGUGGGUGGUUAUCAGGUAGUCGGCUCACGAGUGCUAGUCCCCUUGCCGGACGAGGGUAUGGAUUGGACAGUCGGGACCGACUAAGCAGCCUUGAUAUCCCCGGCCACGAACUAGAUGAUCUGCAGGGACUGGGUGAAUUUGAUCUGACUGAAUAUCUGCAGAAUGAGCUGGAAUCCAAUUUCACAGCUGCUACUAACGGAUCACCACGAUCACCGGGCCAACAACGGGAGCCCCUUCCCUCAGUGUUGGAUCAGGAGAGCCAGAACUUCCUCGACUAUGUGACUAUGCAGAUGGCUGUCCUCGCCGAGCUGGAGGAGGAGGAGGAGGAGGAGAAGGGGGAUACGAGCGACAAGGGCAAGGCGCCAGCCAAGGAUCUUCGCACGGUCGGCAGCAAGCAGUCGGUUUCCUUCACGGCCGUGCUGCCCCCAGGGGAGACGACGCGCGCAGUGGCCACCCACGCACUGAUGCAUGUUCUCGCUCUGGCUACCAAGGGCGUUCUCGUGGUGCAGCAGGAGAGCACUCGCAUUGAGGCGCACGGCGAUGCCACGCGAUACGUACAUGGUGAUAUUCUGAUGCGUCUUGUUUAG